UUUUUCGAAAUAGAAUUUCCGUAUUUGGAGCCGAUGGCUCCAGGGGAAAUGUUCGAGUGUGAGCAGCGGUUUAUUUCGUGAAUACGUUGUCCGAAACCGAUUCUGAUUAGAGGGGGACGAUUUUGAGUUCAAAAGAAAGGAGGAAACCCGGGAGAGACUGUUUCCGGGACUGCGGGUAUUGCGAGGUCGCGAUGUCCGACAGCGAGGACACCGACGAAUCCGUCGGGGAGUGGCCCGUGACCAAGGAGUGGCUCGAAGAAUUGCUCACGGUUCAUCACGGCGAGGGGUCGCAGAUUUCCGUCGACGAUUUCACCGUCAGACCCGGAUGCGCCGCCGGCGACAGCGUCCUCAGCGACAUCCUCGCCGUCUCGGUUGAGUAUCGUUUGAAGCCGGAAAACACGCGGUGCGAUCUCAGCGUUAUCGUUAAACUCUUGCCCCAGGAUCCGUUCAGUCGAUUCUUCGUUACCGAGGCUCAAUUCGAUCUGCGAGAGAUCAAAUUUUACACCCAGGUUGUUCCGGAGCUUGAAGCUUUCCAGAAGAAACAAUUAGCCGGGGAAGAAGAAGGGAGCGGAGUGGAGCUUCCAGAGUUGCCAAUACCUGCCUGUGUUCAUGCUCACUACAGUCCAGCGGGAGGGACUGAAGAGAGUCCAGAGCCUCCGGAGUCAUUUUUGGUAUUAGAAAAUCUUCGACCUCGUGGUUUUGAGGGAGCAGAAUUUUCCCGAGGAUUAACACUCAGGCAGGCUGAAGCUGCCUUGACGGCUGUUGCUAGACUCCACGCUUUGUCAUUGGCGAUCAAAGUCAAGGAAGGAAGAUCUCUCUCCGAGCGCUACACAUUCUUGUUCCAAACAGCCAGAGCUACGGACUCUUACCAGCAGCUGGUGGAGCGAGGAUUGCCACAGCUUGCUCGAUUCCUUGAGAGAAGACCGGGCCUCGAAGCUGUGCUGGAAGCUCUCCUGGCUCUGCGUCCUCGCACCAAGGAAAUCAUUGCAGCUCUUCUUGCACCCGAAGGUCCGUUGGCUCUGAUAACUCACACGGAUUUUUGGUGCAAUAAUUUACUCUUUAGAGACACGGAGAAUGGUGUAUGCGAGUGCGCCAUACUCGAUUGGCAAAUGGUCACUUACAGCAGACCGACAAACGACGUAGCUUUACUGCUGGUCAGCUCCGUUCCUACAGAACUAAGACGCAGGCACACCGAAUCACUUUUGGACAGAUACUGGGCCGUUUUGACAAGCAAUUGCAGCAGUCUUGGUUUGGACAUUCCAAAAGAUUUAGAUUACAGUAGAGCAGACUUGAGUCAGGAUUAUAGGCGGUCUUUGCUUUUGGCUCUUUUACUCUGUAUAGGAUCGGUAGACGUAGCUUUAGGCGAUCCCCUCACCGAACAGCGGCUCAUAGAUGUGUUAGAAGAUCUCCAUAACGACGGUAUACUAUCGGGAGAGUCUAUUGAAACAAAUCCAUCGGUUCAGUGAUCCUCGAGCGAUUCUUAAAAUGUAUUGUUUCAAAUCUGUCCAUUUUUGUGUUCGGCAAAAGUGAUCCGUAACAGUGGAGUCAUUUAGUUGAGCAGUAAGGGAGAGAAACUAAUGUAAUAUUCAAACAGCCCGCAAUUUGAUUUUCAUUUUCAAAACGAAGCCAUUCAUUUAUCACAAAUGAAAGGUGUUUGGUUAUUGCUUACUUUAUGCUUGUCAUGUUAAAGAAGAGUUGGCGAUGAAAUUAUCGUGUAGAUUAAUCAAUUAAUUAUUAUAAGCUAGUGAUAAUAUAAUGAAAAUCAAAGCAUCGUAAGGCUCGUAAGCCUGGCAGCUUCCAAAGUCCAGAACUUUUUUGAUACUGAUGAAGCAAUUCGAUACGACAUUAUUUCUCAGUGAUAUCAACCUGAAAGUGGGUCACUCAUGUGUGCGUCGAAAGUAUCAAGUUAUAUUUAACUUCACUUAAUUUGGACUGAUGAUAUAUCAUGCAAAUAUGAAAAUUUUAAUACUAUUGAUAACGCAAAGAUCAAAAGGAUAUAAAUUAUCGAUUCAAGAAUAAUGCUUGUUUACUGCUAAUACCGUGGCUUUUGCAUCAUCACCCUGUUACGAUCGCUUACAGCGCACAUUUCUACUGAUAUAAUUGUGUGAUAUUAAGUUUAAUAAAUACUUCAAAGCCUGGUAAACUGCUCAGUGUAUAUUCGUGUCAUUUUUGCGUGUCCUGAAUUGCGUCAUUCCAUAGAAUCGAAUUAUCUCUCAAACUAAUGCCUUGCACAUAUAUUUACGAAACAUAAGCAGGCAUGUAAAAAAAAUAAUUUUUAACUAUCCGCGUUGCGUUUAUCCUUAUUGCUGUUAAAACUAAUUCUCUGCACUUAGCU